ACCAGUGGCAGCACUAGACCUAAGUCUAUUUCCACCGUUGUUGUGAAAGCUUUACCUUUACAUCUUUAUUCUGAUUACUUUGUGAAUAUUAACAAAGUAGUUACAAUAAGUCAACUCGUAUAACCGUAUUGGAAAAGGUUUUCACCGAGGCUACCUUUUAUAGUCGAGUAAAAAUCUAUUUAUUUUAGCUGGUGAGAAAGCAGACGUGACAGAAUGAAAACGGAGGUAUCCACAGCUGCCUGCUUCGUCGCAAGAUUGCUAAGAACAACUGGACUGCUCUCGGAGGAGCAACUACAAAAUUUCAGUCAUUCGUUGGAGGAGGCUUUGGGAGAGCACUAUGAACACCAUUGGUUUCCUCAUUCCCCUUGCAAAGGCUCGGGGUAUCGCUGCAUUCGGAUCAAUCAUAAAAUGGACCCUUUGAUAGGCAAAGCUGCUAGUACCACAGGACUGACCCGUGAGCAACUUUUCUCAUUACUGCCAAGUGAGCUCACCAUGUGGGUCGACCCAUACGAAGUGUCCUAUCGGAUAGGAGAGGAUGGCUCCAUCUGUGUGCUCUACGAAUCUACACCACCUACAGCAGCCACAAGUGCAAACCUAGUUGACAACAGAAACAGCUGUAAAGAUGAACUUAGAAUUGGAAGGUCAAGCCAUUCCAAAUCUUUCAAUGUGAUGACUGUCAUCAGUUAAUGGCUCAGUCAUUGCCAUUGCUGAAAGUGGGGAUGUUCAUGUGAUAGGUCUGUUUCUUAAUAUUUUCUCCCGCUUUUUUCAAACAAUAAAGAUUUUAGUAUUUCUGA